AUGGCAAUUAAGCCAACUGACAAGUUGCAAUCCGGACGGCCAUUGUUUAAGGCUCAAGAUUAUGCCGAGCUUUGCCAAGUGUCCACCUCUCGUUCUCUCCCCCUCUCUCCGCCCCAAAAACCUCCUCCUCCUCCUCCUCCCCCUCCUGGGUGGGCCCGACCACCCACUCACCAGUCAGCGCGAGCACAGCUCUGCAACAAAAUCGAUAGUCCUGAAUGGAUCGGACCACACGUGCUGCCACUUUGA